GCACGACUGGUUCCGCUUGAGUCCUCCAGCUCCAUCAUGGCGGGCAGCUUCACCCUCCGAAGGACGCUGUGGUCGGUCUGUGGCCUGAACAGCCGCACCGCGGCCCGGUUCGUCUCUAAUGCCGCUGCACAGGAGGGGAAGACGGGGAUCAUCGAGUCCACAGAGGAGUACAAGUUCGUGGAGAGGCUCAUCCCGCUAUCCCGGGUCCCCGAUCCGCCCAAACACGCCGGCCCGGCUCCCUCCGGCUGGGCGGCCCCGGCGGACUCCCCGCCGGCUCUGCCCUACAUGAUCCGCCGCUCGCGACUGCACAACAUCCCGGUCUACACCGACCUGACCCACGGGAACCGCUGGAUGACGCUGGUGCGGAAGGUGGAGGGAGAUAUCUGGGCUCUGGAGAAGGACGUGAAGCAGCACCUGCAGCAGCUGACGGGGAAGGAGCUGCCCACGCAGGUCAACGAGGUCACCAUGACUCUGAGAGUCAAGGGAGACUUCCACAAGGAGCUGAAAGACUGGCUGGCCAGCAGAGGCUUCUGACCCGGCACCUCAGAGGAGAGGACUGGAACAUGACAGAAUAUGUGCAACCCUACCGUCCUCCCUGAGAGACCGCUGGCAGCACUUGAGUCAACUCUGACAUAGAUUUAUUACACUUUUUGCUGAACAAUGUGCAUACUUGUUAACAAUUAAACAGAAAAGCAAGAAAAUACACAA